GCUACUUCAUCCUCAUCAACGACGCUCUAUUGGACACCGAGCAUCGUUGGAAAUACGUUGAUGACAUCGCCACGGCCAUCAACAGCACCCACCAAAACUGCACCCAUAUCCAGCACACCCUUAACAACCUCCUUACCUGGACAUCCUCUAACAACGUCACAAUCAACCACUAGAAAUCAGCUGUUAUGUUGUUUUUCCACCGACACCCUACUAUCGCCCCCACCCUUUUGUCAACAAUGUGGUGAGCUCUGCCUCAAACAGACUCCACAUGCUGCGGCGGCUGAAAUCAUUAGGUGUUCCCGCCCUUAAAUUGGCAACCACUUUCAAGAUAUUCAUCCUGCCCAAAUUAACGUUUGCUUCCCCUGCCUGGUCUCCCUGCCUCACCACCACCCAGCUCGGCCGCCUAGAGAGGGUUCAGAAAAGGGCCGUCAAGAUCAUCCUUGGCACCUCCUACACCACCUAUGACAUCGCCUUCGCUACUCUGCACCUCACCACCCUCGCUGCCCAGUACACCACCAGCCUCGAGCAGUUUGGCCUCAAACUGCUCAACAACUCCUGCCACCGCGAUCUGCUGUCCCUCAACGCACCGCACCAUCACCACAAUGAGCCCUACGCAGCUCCAACAAGCUAGUUCCCAUUAGAGCCCGCACCGACCGUUAUCAGCACAGCACCGUCCCCACUCAAGUCAGGCUUAUUAACCACCAUUGACGCUUCUCCUAGU